UUUUUCUCGCGGCCUGGGUCUCCACAAGUGCCUUCUGAGCUCGGCGUUUGUCUCGUGGUCACUCAGAAAGUGACCGGCGGCGUUUUAUUUGGCUCUUCACGGCGCACUAUCACACACUUCAAUUCGCUUUUCCGUUGAGCAUUGCUGCACCGAAGCUCACUUCACCAGUGGCUGCGUGCUUCGUUAUCUUGAAAUUGUUUGAGCGUGAGACAAAUUUCUUCGUCCAUCUGUGGUGUUUACUGGAACGAACCAGGGAGCGCAGCUUAUCACUGUGCUCCGUUCUGGUUAUCUUGAAAUUGUUCGAGUGCUAGACGAAUUUCUUGGUACAGGUGUGGUGUUUUACUGGAACGACUGGGAGCACAGCUUAUCACUGUGCCCAACCCUUUUUGGCUACUUGAAAAUUUCUUCGGAGUGCAAGGUUACCAAGUUCCAUGGACGAUGAUCUUUUCCAUAAGCACAAAGCGCCAUCUGGUGUCAUAAAAGCAAUAAAGUUUGAUGUCCUAACUAAAGAAGAUAUAGAGAAAAUAUCUGUUUUGGAGAUAGAGGCAGUUGGUCAGGUCACUUGUUCAAGUUUGGGACUUCCAAAUCAAUCUGAUGAGUGUGCAACAUGUGGUUCGAAAGAGAAAAAAAUGUGUGAAGGUCAUUUUGGAAUAAUCAGAUUUCCUUUUUCCAUACUCCAUCCAUAUUUUAUGUCAGAGAUUGCACAAAUCUUGAACAGGAUUUGCCCUGUUUGUAAAUCUAUUCGUCAUGAAUCCAAGGGUGCUAAAUUAAUCUUUGGUAUUGGUUGCAAAUAUUGUUCUGGAAAUGGUAUGGGUCGAUAUCCAACAAUGAAAUUUAGAGUUUCCUCCAAUGAUCUCUUUAGAAGAACUGCAAUUAUUGUUGAAGCAAAUGAUAAGGCUUCAAAGAAGAGAACUUUAGGGCGAGGACUGCCUGCUGAUUAUUGGGAUUUUAUUCCUUAUGAUGCUCAACAAGAAGAAAGUUAUGUAAAUAGAAGGGUUUUAUCACCUGGGCAGGUUUUUUCUUUGUUGAAGGAUGUCGAUCAAAACAUUAUUGAAAAAUAUAUUCCAAGAAAGAAUUUGCUCUCUCUUGAUUGCUUCCCGGUGACUCCAAAUUGUCAUCGGGUGACUGAAGUCCCUUAUGCAAUUUCCAAUGGAAACCGAUUGAGUUUUGAUGACAGGACUCGAUCUUGUAAGAAAUUGGUUGAUUUCAGGGGCACAACCAAUGAAUUAGGUUCACGUGUUUUGGACUGCCUGAGGAUCUCUAAGCUCAAUCCUGAUAAAACACCAACUAGUAUUUUUGCUGAUAUCCAGCAAAGAAAGGUUGCAGAAAAUGCUUUCAAUUCUUCUGGUUUAAGAUGGAUAAAAGAUGUGGUUCUUGGAAAACGCAAUGAUAGUACAUUCCGUACUGUGGUUGUUGGUGAUCCGGAUCUUGAGCUUAGUGAAAUUGGUAUACCUUGUCAAAUUGCCGAAAGUUUGCAGGUUUCUGAGUAUGUGAACAGGCAGAAUAAGGAAAAGCUGCUUUAUUGUUGUGAGCUACGUUUGUUAGAGAAGGGACAGAUAAAUGUCAGCAGAAAGGGUAGUUCAGUUCUUCUAUAUAAAAAGGAAGAUCUACAAGUCGGAGACAUAUUUUAUAGGCCUCUUACUGAUGGGGAUAAAGUGCUCAUAAAUAGGCCCCCUUCCAUACACCAACAUUCUAUGAUUGCUCUCACAGUUAGGGUCCUUCCUAUAUCUUCUGUAGUGUGUAUUAAUCCACUCUGUUGUUCCCCACUGCGUGGGGAUUUUGAUGGUGAUUGCCUUCAUGGGUAUAUUCCACAAUCAGUUAGUGCAAGAGUUGAACUUAAUGAGCUGGUUGCUUUAGAUAGGCAAUUGAUUAAUGGGCAGAGUGGUAGAAAUCUACUUUCUCUCUCUCAGGAUAGUUUAACCGCCGCAUAUUUGCUAAUGGAAGAUGGGGUCCUUUUGAAUGUUUACCAAAUGCAGCAACUACAAAUGUUUUGUAACAAAAGAUUAACACCUCCUGCAUUUGUAAAAGCUCCUUCAUGCAAUAGUGCAUUUUGGAGUGGAAAGCAAUUGUUCAGCAUGCUCUUGCCUUCUGAUUUUGACUACUCUUUUCCUUCAGAUGGUGUUGUUGUGAGUGACGGGGAGCUUGUAUCUUCUUCUGAGGCUUCUGGUUGGUUACGUGAUUCUGAUUGCAAUGUUUUCCAGAGUCUUGUGGAACAUUUUCAAGGGAAGACUCUGGACUUUUUGUAUGCUGCGCAGAAAGUUCUCUGUGAGUGGCUGUCUAUGACAGGUUUUAGUGUUUCACUCUCAGAUUUGUACCUUUCUUCUGAUUCCUAUGCACGAAAAAACAUGAUGGAGGAAAUCACUUAUGGCAUACAAGAUGCAGAAAAGGCAUGCAAUUUCAAGCAGCUAUUGUUGGAAUAUUAUUGUGAUUUUCUGUCAGGAAGUCUUCAAGAGAGUGAAAGUGCUAUGACUGUUGAUGCAGAUCGUCUGAAUUAUGAAAGACAAAUAUCUGCUACUCUCAGUCAAGUGUCAGUUGAUGCUUUUAGACAAGUUUUUCGCAAUAUUCAAAGUUUAGCUGAUAAAUAUGGAUGUAAGAACAAUACUUUCCUUGCUAUGAUUAAGGCUGGAAGCAAAGGUAAUUUGGUGAAAUUAGUGCAACAUUCCAUGUGCCUUGGCCUGCAAAAUUCUCUGGUUCGCUUGUCAUACAGACUACCCCGUCAUCUUUCAUGUACUGCUUGGAAUAGUCUAAAGGGGCUUGAUUCACUCCAGUUGUUUUCUGGUACCCUUGAAUCUGUUCAGUCUUACAUUCCAUAUGCUGUGGUUGAAAGCUCAUUUUUAACCGGGUUGAAUCCACUUGAAUGUUUCGUUCAUUCAGUUACAAAUCGUGAUAGCUCUUUCAGUGACAAUGCAGAUCUUCCUGGAACAUUGACGCGUAGACUUAUGUUCUUCAUGCGUGAUUUGUAUAAUGCAUACGAUGGAACAGUAAGAAAUUUGUAUGGUAAUCAACUAGUUCAGUUUUCUUAUGAUAUUGAGGAGGAGUCUUCAUGUGAUGAAAGUUUCCAAGAGUACACUAUUGGUGGUGAACCAGUUGGGGCACUUUCUGCUUGUGCGAUUUCUGAAGCUGCAUACAGUGCUUUGGGUCAACCAGUUAGUCUACUUGAAACAUCGCCUUUACUAAAUUUGAAAAAUGUUCUGGAGUGUGGCUCAAGGAAAAAAAAUGGUGACCAGACUGUAUCUUUAUUUUUGUCUGAGAAGCUUGGUAAACAGAGACAUGGGUUUGAAUAUGCAGCUCUAGAAGUUAAGAAUUAUUUGGAAAGAUUGUUGUUCUCAAGCAUUGUUUCUUCGGUAAUGAUAAUAUUCACCCCACAUGACAGAAGCAGCCUAGAAAAAUACAGUCCUUGGGUCUGCCACUUUCAUUUAGACAAGGAAAUUGUAACGAGAAGAAAGUUGAAAGUGCAUUCUAUCAUCGACUCUCUUUACCAGAGAUAUUACUCCCUGACAAAAGAAUCAAAAGUUUAUUUUACCAAUUUGAAAAUAUCAAGCAAGAAGUGUUCUGCUGAUUCAAUGGCUGAAGAAGGUGAAGACAAUUCUAUUGAUAAAGAAGGUGAUGAUUGCAUCACCGUCACAAUUGUUGAAAACUCUAAGAAUCCUAUACAACUGGAUUCGGUUCGAGACUCGGUGUUACCUUUUCUUUUAGGAACAGCUAUAAAAGGAUUUCUGGACAUCAAGAAGGUUGAUAUUCUCUGGAAUAAUAUGUCAAAAGCAACAAAUUCUUAUCAUAGUUCUUCUGGUGAACUGUACUUGAGGGUUACUAUGUCCAGUGAGGGUAACAGUGGAAGAUUCUGGGGUGUACUCAAAAUUCACUGUCACAAGAUAACACAGAUAAUUGACUGGACGCGAAGUCACCCAGACAACAUAAAUCAUUUCUCAUCAGCCUAUGGAAUUGAUGCAGGGUGGCAAUAUUUUCUCAAUAGUUUGGCAUCUGCAACAUCUGAUACUGGCAAGUCAAUCCUUUGUAAGCAUCUGUGUCUUGUUGCCAAUAGUCUGUCAGCUAGUGGAGAGUUUGUGGGAUUAAAUGCUAAAGGCAUGGCAAAGCAAAGAAAACAUGCGUCUGUUUCAUCACCAUUUGUGCAAGCAUGCUUUUCUAAUCCAGGUGGUUGCUUUAUAAAAGCUGCCAAGUCUGGAGUCAUGGAUAAUCUCCAGGGCAGCAUAGAUUCGUUUGCUUGGGGAAACUGUCCAUCUAUGGGGACAAGUGGACUGUUUGAUAUCGUAUAUUCUGAGAAGGGACAUGAGGUAGCUAAGUCUGCAGACGUAUAUGACCUUCUAGAAGCCAGUUUCGACAAGCUGAACAAUAAGAUUGGUACUCAUUCUCUCAACUAUUCAUCUGACAAAUGCGGUUCUGAAUUUAGGCAUAAAGAUGGUUAUGCCUUGAAAGAGACAAAACAGUGGAAAAACGUUGUAAGAAAUUUUGUGACGGUAAAUGAUAUUCAGAAGCUGACUUCUGCAUCGAGGUGCAUAUUGAACAAGUAUUCGAUUGAUGACCUGCUAAGUGAGAGUGACAGGUCAAUAAUGCUAAGGGUUUUGCAUUUUCAUCCUCGUAGAAGUGAGAAGUUUGGCACUGGACCACAAGACAUUAAGGUUGGGCGGCAUCCUAUAUUUAAGGAUAGCCGCUGCUUCCAUAUUGUACGAACUGAUGGGACUGUUGAAGACUUUUCAUACCGCAAAUGCAUUCUUGGGGCUCUAGAGAUUGUUGAUCCAAAAAAGUCAAAGAUCCAGAAGAAAAAAUGGUCGGGAGAUGGUGACACACAUGCUAUAUCUAUGCAUAAUAAGUGACUGGCAUUUAAUCUGGUUACAGUUGGAAGGGUAUUAUAGUAGUGCCACAACUCUGCAAUCACAAAAAGCAACGUUGUUUUUCCACCUUUGAUUUAAAAGAAUCGAUGGUAGAGAACACUGUUCUCUUUGUGCGAGUUUAGAGUUUUGUCAUUGGCAUUACUUGGUGGAAAUAAUUUGCUGGCUUCUUUUGUUGUAUUUUACUAUCACAAAGCUAAACUGGGUGGUAGCUAACUCCAAUGGAUUUAACUCGUUUGAUAGAGGCAGUGCAGUGCAGCAGCACACAUUUUGAAGGAAAGUAGGAGAUAAGACAUAGCAGGGAGUAUACAAGAUGAAAGCAAUGGUAGUACAUUCUUUUUUAAUAUAACACUAGCUUUUUAUAAACAUGGCGCGGGUUCUUGCCGUUAGCUUCUUUUUGCUUCUUCCACUAAUACUUUAUUUGCCAACGAUUACGUCACGCAAAGAAAGAUCUAGUGGAAGCAGCAACGAGAAGCUUGUAAAGAUUUAUGCCCCAGACCAUAUGUUGUGUAUUGAUGAAUAUGUGGCAGUUAAAUGUAAGAUUUCUUUAGGUUCUGCCGUCAGUUGCCAUGAUUGUCUCCGUUUAUCUCACGUACAUAUUGAAUGCGAUUUGUAUAUUUCUAGCAUGUAUUUCACUAAAGCAUUACCAUUGGAUUCAAAAUCUACGUUAUGAAUAUCAGACCAAAAAUUUACAUGAA